AAAACAGAAAAGAUGAGUUAUGAGUAGAUAUCACAAUGCGAGUCAAUCGUGAGUUUGGCAUUGAAAAAUAUCAGACUGAAAAAGAAUUUUAGCUAGUAGGUAAGUUGCUAAUAAAGGUUACCAUGGCAGCAACAGCAACAACAAAGUCAAUAGCAACUUCAUGUUCAAUUCUUUCUCCGCAUAUAGCUCUACAACGCACUCGCAUUCCACACACAUUCAACUCCAACAACACGUGUAACUUUCCCAAAGCCACAACGAACGUAACCGUUUCCCAUCAAUUUUCCCCUUUCCAUUUUCCCGGUAAAUCUCCGCGCCACACCACCGCCGUCAUCACCGCUUCAUCCACCGACGACAGCGGCAUCACGUCUCAAGAUCUCGCCGUUCUUCUCGAAGUCGACGGGGUUCUUGUGGAUGCAUACCGUGUAGGGAAUCGCAUAGCCUUCAAUAAAGCAUUUGAGAAACUUGGACUUGAUUGUGCAAGCUGGAACGAACCUGUAUAUUCAGAUCUUUUAAGAAGAAGCAUUGGAGAUGAGGAAAAAAUGCUAUUCUUGUAUUUUAAUCGAAUCGGGUGGCCUUCGUCAUUACCCACAAAUGAGAAGGGACUCUUCACAAAUAGUGUUUUACUGGAAAAGGAAAAGGCUUUGGAAGAGUUUGUGACAUCAAAAAGUCUACCUCUACGGCCUGGUGUUGAACAGUUUAUUGAUGAUGCAUACAAUGAAGGAAUUCCAGUGGUAGUAUUAACAGCCUAUACUAAAAGUGGUGAUAAUAUUGCGAGGACCAUAUUAGAAAAGCUUGGUAAUGAUCGAAGCAACAAGGUGAUUAUUGUGGGGAUUAAGGAGGCUGAGCAAAGUUUAUAUGGCCAACUCAUCUCAGGAAAGGUGAUUGCUCAUGGUUUGGAUGAAGAGCUUGCUAAGGAAGCCAGAAGAGCGGCUUCUGCUGAGAAACAAAGACUGGCAAAGGAGGUAGCGUCCAUGCUAAAUUUGAGUGUUGCGAUUGAUACUGGCUUAUCUGAAAGUCUAGAUAAGAUUGUGACUGCGCUACAUGCGGGAGCCGAAUGUGCAAGGAUACCUAUCUGCAACUGUGUCCUUGUUGCAGGAAGCCAAUCUGGAGCAGCUGGUGCUGAACGGGCGGGCAUGCCGUGCGUUGUUCUACGAAGCAGUUUGACAUCUAAAGCUGAGUUCCCGUUAGCAAUUGCCACUAUGGAUGGGUUUGGAGGUGGAGAUCUGACCAUUUCAAAAUUACGCAAUCUAUGCCAGAAGAAACAACCAAAGGAUUGAAUGAGUUUUGUAUCUAUUACCCUCAAGAAAUUCAAAAUAAGAACCAAGUAUCCACUUGCUCUGGAUUUGAAGCUGGCAAGCAAAAGGAACCGUGUCUCUAGAAAAGGAGUGUAAGAUAGGUGUCUUCGGAGACAAUUUUUGCUGGUACGAUAAUUCCUAUAAUUUUGUAUUGAUGUUUGGUGCUUCAUUUGCAAAUCCAGAUGAAGCAUACGAUAAUAAUUUAUCAUGUGAUUUUUGCUUUCUUAACUGUGAGAUCUAAGAAAAAACUAUUCUUAUGAGUCAUUUUGGCUGCAAAAAGCUUUAACUGUAGUUGCUGAGUAAAUAUCAUUGUAAUCUGAUGUGAUGCUGCUAUUUGAACAGAGCUAAUAUACACGAUGAUUAUGUAUUUCUCACUUGAAUGUGGCACCUUGACGAGUUAAAAAAUUAAAUGUGGAUCUUAUUGUGUUAUUUUUUAAAAUAAUGAAUUAAUUUUGAUAAAAAAUAAAUUAAAUGUAAAGUGACUUAUGUUUCGGCUGGUGUCUAAGGUGUGCGGCCUUGUUUGAUAGUUGGAUUUCAAUGUUCAUAUAUGAAUGCUAAUCAUCAUGCACCAUCAAAAUCUAUUUCAUGCCUUUGUGCUCUCAAUCCUUCUUUUCUCCGACUCUUGAUCCUUUCUCUUUUGUCCCUCAUCUAUCCAUCUUUAUUACAACAGUACCAACCGUUGUCUCUCCCUUUACGACCUCCCUCUCGUUCUCUCUAAACAGAUUAUUGCCAACAUUUGACAUACUCUUAUUUGCAUGUGCAUGAUUGAUAAUAAGUUUUAUUUGAUUCUGUAAAGAGUCUUAUAUCAGACAAUAUAUGACCUGAAAAUGUACUUAUAAGUGGGGGCAAUUUUCAAUCUACAAGUCGGUUUUGUAGGAUUGAGUUAGACUCAACCAUAUUUCUUAACAUAUUCAAUAAUCAAUAAUGUUGAUGGUGUACCUAAACUAUUUGAUAGUUUCCUUCAAUGUGUUGCAAUACUUGUAGGUAAAUUCAUGGUUGAUGAUACCUACAAUAAAAUUCAAGAAUAAUUCCCUUCAAACAAAUAGUUGGAGUUCAUUCAAAAUAAAGCCCUUUAAUUCAGAGUCAGCACCUACAAACAACCCACCAGCUGUUAGAGCAUACACACUUUAAUGGAGGAAUUGUGUUUCUCAUAUAUCAGCAACUGCAACUUAUUACUAAGUGAGAGUUUUAGCUCAUAUAAUAAGAUCACAAUACAUGACACUUGGCAACACACUAUUGGACAGCUAAUUACACAU